GUCACAUGGCUGAGUCCGGCAGUGCAGCAGCAGCAGCAGCACAGUGCUGGACUUCACUAACUUUUCCCCCAGUCUCAAUCUGAAGUGCUGAGGACAAUCACAGCUCACAAUAUGGAAAUCCCGGCCAUAAACCUCAAGGCCAUCGUGCUGGUCCACUGGUUGCUGACUAUCUGGGGUUGCAUGGCCAUGCCACCAAACUCCUACGCCUGGGGAAAUUUCAGCGUUUUGGCUGUGGGUGUGUGGGCCAUCGCUCAGAGGGACUCAAUAGAUGCUGUGGUAAUGUUCCUGAUCGGCAUGACUGCGACGAUACUGACAGACAUCAUCCACUUUGGAAUUUUCUACCCUGCGUUUCAUGAAACCAAUGACUUCAUUCGCUUCAGUAUGGGCAUGGCCAUCCUCAGCCUCAUCCUCAAGCCUCUGUCCUGCUUCUUUGUCUAUCAGAUGUACCGCGAGAGGGGUGGAGACUACAACAUCAACUUUGGCUUUCCCACAGUGACUCGGAACAGAGACGCCUACCAGUCCAUUGACCAGCAGGACCAGUCCAGCUCGGCCAAACCAUUCAACCAAGCAGAGGACCACAAACCCGGGGUUCGCACAUACUGAAGACUGCAUUCAUUCAUUCAUAAGCCUCUGUCUGAGCGAAUGUUGUGUUGGUUAGAGGUCUGGUAAAUGUUAGCAGGUGCAGUUUGGAGGGCAGUAGUGCACCAUAUUAAGUUAUAUUUUUUUGUUGGUUUACAAGUUUUCAGCGAAAUUCUGUGUUUAUUUUUUCGAGCCUUAAAAAGUCGAUUGCUGUAUUCAUAUGGAUAGUCAUUGAAUCAUUUCAUUUCAAUGUGCCAGAUUGUCUAGGUUUUCUAAGUAUAUGAAUCAAAGGUACUUUUUAGACAAUUUAUUUUAUAAGCAAUGAGAUUAAUGUAAUAUAUUUUACAAUAUUCAAAUCAGAGCUCUAGUAUCUAGUUGGAUUUGUAUUGUUCCAAUAUGUUUGGAUUCUAACAAUGCAAUUAUUACCAAAUAUAAAAUUAAAAAUAGAUAACGUGUUACAUUUACUUGAUUCAAAUAUGUGGCUCACUUCCACAUUAAUAACAUAUACACUGUAAACCCACUAUUUGUUUGAACUCACAUAUAGUUAAGGUUCGUUUUGCAUAAAAUUGGAUAUUUCCAAACAGUCAGGUGAACACUUGUGGACACAUACAUUUUUUUUUUUUUUUUUUUUUUUUGAGUUGAAUCCAUUUCUGACGCGUCAGUGUGUAGUAAUUCCCCCAGGCUACCUUAAGUGAACUUAUAGAUAUAUAUCAUAAUUAUCUGUCUAUCUGUGUUGAAGGCUGCAAGCAUCCUUUUCUGAGCUGCUAUCCCUGUGUUUGCUGUUUGUUAUACUGUUCACUCUAUAACCUCUAUAGUAUUUCAAAUCUAUAUUGUACUUAAAUUAAAUAAAAAAGGAGACUUGAUACAAAACUAUUUCACUACCUGACAGUAAAAAAUGAUAAGUGACAUUAAACACUGGCCAUUGUGCUCAUGGCAAGGCCACAUCAUUUAUUGGGAUAGCUUGACUAAGGCCUGAUAGUGGGUGCCAGAUGGAUGGAAAUGGACAUUCCAUUUAUAAAGUUGUGUGGGUAUCACAUCUGUACUGUAAAUAUGUAAUAUUACUACCCAUUAUACAGUGAUUGUGACUAGCGGUAUAAAUAAUUUGAAUUGGGUUACAUAUCCUAUUGUUUAAAAAAGUGAUCACUCAUCCAUAUAGGAAAAGAGUUUAAAAUGGAAAACAAAUGAAAAGUACAGUAAAAAUGCUAAUGCAUUACAUUAAAUUAAUGUGGAAUUGAAUUAAUUUGCAUCAAGUAAAUUGAAUACAUUCUGGGCUUGUUUCCCAGAGAUGGAUUAAGCCCAGUCCUGGACUACAUUGCAAUGCCAGUGAGUGCUGUAUCACCAUUUGAAAUUCUUUUUAGUCCAAUAUUAGCUCUGAUCUAGAUCUGGUAACCAAGCCCAGUGUUUCUGUGUGUGAACACAUUUUAGACAGAAUAUUAUAUCCACCUCUUGUUAAUUUUGUCAGCUUCACUGAGCAUAUUGGACAAUUUGUAGUUCUAUAAUGACAGACUGUAGUUCUGUAUCUGUUUCUCUGCAUACUUUACUAUUAUCCUACGUUCACCCUGUUCUUCAUAACGCAGGACCCCAAAGGGCAGCUACUAUUUAGGUGGUGAGUCUUUGAUUUUCAGCUCUGAUUAGCAUGGUGGUGGUGUAUGAUCCACUUGUACCAAGCAGAACAACACCCACUAACACCUCAGAUACAGCAGGGUAGAUAAAGUGACAGUCAGAGACAGAAGCUCUGAAACAGUUUGUGUUGACCAUCCUCUAGUCCUUCACAGUGUUGGGCACGUUAAUUAAAAAAAGUAGUUAGUUAUAGUUACUAGUUACUCCUCCAAAAGUAACUGAGUUACUAACUGAGUUACUCCACUAUAAAAGUAACUAUUGCGUUACUAUUGCGUUACAUGCCCCCCCCCUCAACUUCCUGUAAUUGGUCUGAAAGUCUGAACAAUCUAGAAAAGUGUUUUCAACACUGCAUUUUCACACCUAUAGUUUCUUUCUAUGAUUCGAAUCAGUUGAUGAGUUAAUUUUUUUCUCUGUUUGGUUUGGUUUCACACAGACUAAAACCUAAAUGCACCAAUAAACCACUCGAGCACAUUGUUUUCUCUGAUUGGUCAGAGCUGUCUGGUGCACUCUGUUCUAUCAAACAGUGUUUUCAGUGGGACAUGCAGUGCAGAAGUACACGUAGUACACAGAGUGGCAUCCUAUCAGCAGUUUAGCUCAAAUAAAAGGAGUAUAUUUGAUAGCUGGGUCAAAUCGAGACUGGAACAAGUUUUCAGCGCAUCGAACCGUUCAGAGUUUGAGACCGGACCAAGACUACCUCCUCUAGCAGGUCUCAGUCGGGUUGUUUUGAUCUGCACCCGAGUGCGAUUACUCUCUUCACACCUGCUCAAUGGAACUGCAACAAGGGUACAAACAAACCAGAGUCCGUUUUAACUGGACAAACAAUACUGGUGUAAAAACACCCUUAGUCGGGCGAACUCUGGUUCUUUGUUCUGGAGCGUGGUUCACAGCCUCUUUCAUGCCUGCUACUUUGGUUCAGACCUAAACUGAAAAGUUGAAAAGUCAGGAACAAACAAGGUAGGUGUAAAAGCAGCCUUACACACCACCAGCAUGUCAUUCAGUGUCACUGCAAAUAAUAAUAUCUGCUCUGUGGUGGUCUCUCCUGUGGGGUCCUGAGAAUUGAAGGACAGGGUAAUAGGAGAAUAAUAAUAAUAAAAUAUGCCGAGACACAGAUACAGGACUGCAAUGCUGCCUGUAAUUAAUAGAACUAUAAAGUGUCCUAUGUGAUGAGAGGAGCUGGAAAAGAUGAAGAUUGAGUGCAAAUUCAAGGAGGUUGUCAUAAUAUUCUGACUGGACUUUGUAUAUCUAAAUAUCAAAAUGUUGUAAAUGAAAUUACAGUUAGCAGCAGGAACUCUCAGCUUGUUUGAACAGUAUUGGUGUAUUUAUUGGACAAAUUGUACUGGGUUAGAAAGAAAAUGCUGGAUAAUUGUUUUAUAGUUGUGUUCUUCAUGUUGUGUACACACUACUCUUUUGUCAGCCUGAUGACUACAUGGUGGUUUGUGUGAAAGACUUUAUCAUGUGGCAACUCUGUAGUUUAUAUCUGCCACUAAACGCAAUACUCACUUCCUCAGUGUGUUUCUCUCUUCCUGUUGAUGUGAUAUGUUGCCUGUUUCUGAAUGAGCCAGUUCUUCCGCCACUGAUUAACCCUGGUCUUGGAUUAAAUUGCUCAGUCUGUUGUGAUUCAUCAUUGGAAAAUGCUUUCUGCAAGAAGAAAGGCUCAAAGGAAUGCUUGGGUAAAAUCAAACACAUUUUCGACCUUUACCUCAAACCUGUUCUAUCUGCAGACAUGGCUCGGUUUGAGUUUUGUUUCCUGGCCUGUUUUGUUUUGAUGCUUCACAAAGAAAUCUUUUAAAUUGAUUUUAGUCUUUUUAAAAUAUUUUUUGUAAUCCUUUUCCAUUUUUCCCUACAUUUUUUCAGUUAUAAUCUGUGGCUUAAAGAAACAAUCAGUACUAAAUAAGAGCAAGUGUGUGAAAUUGUUACAGCAGUCUACAGUUGUCUGAUCCACCCGUGAAGCUCAUGCGGGGUUGCCAGAUUGAGGACACAGUGGCAAGUAAUGAUGAGUCUUACUCUGUAAGCUGAUCAGCAAAUGUAUAGGUUUCAAAUGUUUUACAAAAAAUGUACUUGGAUAUAACAUAUAGUAGUCAGUAUACAGAUUGUAUAGCUGUAUAGAUUUACUGUUUUCAGAGAAUAACUCAACACACAGCCGAAGGUGAUUGACUGAGCACCCGUGGGGCAUCCUCAAGUGAAAGGUGGAAGGAGUGCAAGGUGUCAAACAUCCACCAGCUCUGUGAUGUCAUCAUGGAGAAGUGGAAGAGGUUUUCAGAAGAAGUGCUCGAUAAUAAUGUAAAUCUAUACUGCUAUACAGGCUGUACACUGACUACUUUAAGUUACUUUAAAGUGUUGUCCCAUGGAAAGAUGAAAUAAUGAAAUAUGUGCAGAAAUGUGAGGGGUAUACUCACUGUUGUACACUGUAUAUUAAUAAAAUAGUUUGUUUAUUUUGCAGAUUAUCAUUCUAUAAUGCAUUUAGCUCUGCAGAAAAACUACUGAAAUAAACAUCAGACAUAAACCGUGCCUCAGCCCAGUAAUAUAUCUGGAGCAGAAGGAAAAAUGAUUCUUUGAUCUGUGACAGUAUGGGUGGGAAAUAUAAUGCGCCAUAAUUGUGAUAAAUGCAUUUCAAUACAUUCCAAUAUAUUUUAAUACCCAAAAAUAACAUGUAUCCCAUCACUGUAUAUCAGAGAUAUUUUGGCCACAAACAGUGCAGGAUAAUCUGGACUUGGCUAUAAUCAUGAUUUAUUUUCUUUUUUUGUGAUUCUGUCCAAUUUAUUAAAAUAAUGACAUUCUGUUGUGAUUUUGA